ACUCGACUCUACUGACCAUUGCAAUGGACCCAUACACACCCCCAGAGGUGACGGCGAUGCUCAUCGCGAGCGGGGAGAAGAAAGCGCGGCAAGCGUAUUAUCUUACUCUCAUCAAGUCUCUGCUCGGCGGAUGGAUGAUCGGGUUCGGCGCGAAUCUCGUGCAUGUGAUGCAUGGCGGCGCGGGGCGGCUGGCAACCGAGGCGCCGGUGAUUGUCAACUUUCUCGCGGCCGCGUUCUUCCCCAUUCCCCUCCUGAUGAUUCUGAUCACGGGGAUGGAGCUGAUUACGGCGAAUCUCAUGGCGGUGCCGAUGGCGGUCGCGAACGGGCGCGUCAAGGUGUGGGAGAUGCCGCUGAACUGGGUGAUUGUGUUCUUUGGGAAUCUAGCGGGUGUGCUCGUGUACGCCAUGCUCCUGGCACAAUGCUCCGAGCUCUACACCUCCCCCGCGCUGCUCGAAUACACCGUGUCCGUGGCAGUCAAGAAGACGAGCCUCGGCUGGGGCGUGUGCGUGCUCCGCGGCAUUGGGUGCAACUUUCUCGUGUGUAUGGGCGUGUGGCUCGCCACGGCGUCGCGCGACAUGGCGUCCAAGAUCAUCGCAAUGUAUCUCCCGGCGGGGCUGUUCGUGUUUCUCGGGUUUGAGCAUGUUGCUGCGAACAUGUACUUUGUGCCGAUGGGCAUGUUGAACGGCGCGCCGAUAAGUGUGGGGAGAUAUGUGGGGCGGUCGGUCGUGCCGAGUUUUAUUGGGAACAUGCUCGGAGGAUGCCUCCUGGGCCUCCCAAUGGUGUUCUUACACCACCCGCCGCAACUCCCCACCUUCUUGAGCCGGAGGAGCAGCCGGGCGUCUGGGGCGUCUGGCGCGACACUCGAGGCAUUCGAAGAAGGGCCGACGCGUAUCUCGUCGCGGGUAGAGGAGGAGGUGCAGGGAGACAAGGUGUAGACGGGGCGGGGGAGUAGACAAGAUGUCGACGCAUCAUCAGGCGAUAGAGACAAGAUGUACCUGUAUUCAUGG